AGAAACCACAAUUAUAAAAAAAAAAUAAAAAAAAAUGCAGAUGAGUGUCAAAAUGGAAAAGUUGGUCAAAACAAAAGGGAUAGGUCCAAAAUGCACAGCUCACGUGGUGCACAGUACAACAAGAUUAUGACUACAUAAACAAUAUAGUCUACCUCAUCAAUUUUCACAAAUCAAGAAACCCCCUCUUCUUUGUUUCUCUCGCCCACUAUCACUUAGAACCCACAUUCUACUUCUUCUUCAAUUAUGGCUGUAGAGCUAUUGGAAACACUCAAAGAUUCAAUUACAGCUUACACUGGUCUUUCUCCAACUACCUUUUUUACAGUGGUUGCUGUAGCACUUGCUUUCUACUAUGUUGUCUCCGAGUUUUUUGGUUCAUCUGAUCAUGCUCAUCAACAGAGACCUAGAGAUUUCGAAGAACAGAUGCAGCCUCUGCCACCACCAGUUCAGCUUGGAGAGAUUUCUGAACACGAGUUGAAGGAGUAUGAUGGCUCUGAUUCGAAGAAGCCUUUGUUGAUGGCUAUUAAGGGUCAGAUCUAUGAUGUUUCUCAGAGCAGAAUGUUCUAUGGACCUGGAGGACCUUAUGCGUUAUUUGCUGGAAAGGAUGCCAGUAGAGCUCUCGCCAAGAUGUCCUUUGAGGAAAAAGAUCUCACUGGUGAUAUCUCUGGCCUUGGUCCAUUUGAGCUUGAGGCCUUGCAAGAUUGGGAGUAUAGAUUCAUGAGCAAGUAUGUCAAGGUUGGGACUAUCAAGCAGACAGUGCCAGUAAGUGAUGCUGCACCUAAUGGUGAAUCUGUUGAAUCAACUGAUGGUGAAGCUAAGCCAACAGAAGCUGUUGCAUCAGAGAGCGCUAAGCCUUCGGAAGAUGGUCCAUCUGGAAGUGUUGUUGCUGAAACCGUGGACAAGUCUGAUGGUGACGUAGACAAGAAGGACUAAUUGGGAUACCAUUUUCAUCGACAAGCUCAGCACUACGGGAAACAGUUCGAUGGGGGAUACAAAGACAUGGCGUUGUGAAGAUACCUGUAUUAUCUUGUGUCAGAUGAAUGUUGAUUCUAGCAUAUAAACUCCUUAGGUAUUCGAGCUACUCUAUCUGAUUUGGUGUAUGAAAUAAUGAACAAGCCUUCUAAUCCUGCAAUUGCAAGUAUUUAUAUAGUUAAUACUUGAUUACUUAUGA